AUGGCCGUGCAAGGUGUCUACCACCACCGGGGGAGGAUUCAAGCCUGCGUGGUCCUGCUGCUCUGUUUAUCUGCAGUCGCCUUCUCUGAGAAGGGCCGAAGUUACUAUGACACCCUCAGUGUGGAGCCGACAGCAGCCGACGGUCAGAUAAAGAAGGCUUUCCGCAAACUGGCGUUAAAGUACCACCCUGAUAAGAGCAAGACUGCAGAUGCAGAGAAGACGUUCAGAGAGAUUGUGGAAGCCUACACCGUGCUCUCCAACAAGGAGAAGAGGAGACUCUACGACAGGCUGGGCCAUGAGAUGUAUCUGGAGAAUCAGGUGUUUACUGACGCUGAGGAUGACACAGGUGCACACUUCAGUUUCUCCGACUCCUUCCAUGACUUCCAUGGUAGUCCCUUUGGGGAGGAGGAGCCCCAGUUCAUCUGGACCUUUCCUCGGGACUGGGAGGACGAGGGUGGUCCAUUUGAACGUCCCAGCUUUGAGGGACCUGCAGGCUUCAAUUUUUUAUUCGAGGAUAUGGAUGAAAAUGAGGAGGACGACUACUACUAUGUAGUCUGA